AAUGAUCUUUAGAAAUUUGAAAAAUCCAUUACUUUCUAAAACUUUCAGGUCUCAAAUACCCAGUUUUGGAGUAUUGAAUCAUGACAAGUUUCAAAAGAAAGUUGAGGGAAAAGGCAAAGUUACCAAAUUUCUUUAUGAAUUUUGGGAAAUCCUUUAUUAAGUAUUAGUUUAAACUUUUAUGUUAGGGUACUUGGGAUUAAUGUGUAGAUGCUAAAAUAAUGUGUAAAUACACUUUUACAAGAAAGAAAACUGCUUUUAUGCUUUCUGAAAUUACACGAAUUAGAAAAGAUUUAUUAAAAUUCAUUCCUUUCUCAUUCUUUCUCAUAGUCCCAGGAGCAGAGUUGCUUCUACCUCCUUACUUGUAUUUAUUUCCUAAUGCAUUUCCUACUACCUAUUUAUUUGAUGAUCAAUUGGCAAAGAGAUAUAUAACAAGAGAUAGAAAAUAAAUGAAUUCAUAUAGAUAUCUAUUUUAAUUGAUGAAACAACGCAUUCCUUCUAUUGAAAAUAUAAGAAACAAUUAAGAUUAUAAUGCUAAGGGUUUAUAAGAACUUGUUUUAAAACACUCACAUCUAUUCAUGACAAAAUUAGAUUACUUAGACUUUAAUUCAGAACAGUUGGUGCAUGUAAAUUAAAUUUAUUGAAUGUUUAGUUAAGUAAAUUUUUAGGAAUGGAGUUUUUUAGAGGAACCUAUACUAUAAUGAAACUCACUAAACUUUUUGUUAAUCUCCCUGUUUAUUUCACUAAUCUUUUUUAUUGGUUAACUAGAAAUCCAGAAAGAAGACCUUUAAAAAGUGUUCUAAAAAAUUGGAAUUCAUUACUUCCCUUUCCACUUGAAGAUUUAAAAAAGGCUUUGCUUUUAAUGUAAAUCAAAUCUCAUCUCAGAAAAGUAUAAAUCAAUUAAUAAUAAUAAAGUUGGAAAGACAAGACAAAGCAUUUAGAUUAAAUGGAUUUGGAGAUAAUAAAUUUGAAAGUAUAAGGUAAUUUGCAAGAGAAAGAGGUAUUCCAGCAUUAGUAAUGCAAAAAGAGAAUCCUGAAUAAGAUUUUGAAUAGUAAUUUAAUUAUUUAAUAAUCAUUUAGUUCUAAAAAAUAAUUUAAAAGAGACUACAAUGAUUUCAUCCAUAAAGAGUAAGUUUUUGAAAAUUUAAAAAUUUGGUAUGCUGUUCUCUACUAUGAGAGAUAUCAUAAUAGAAUAGUUGAAGAAUAUGAAGAAAGAGUCAGAAAACAUUUACUACAUUGA